CCUUCCUCUCGUUCGAGGAAGUCAAAACAAAUAGCACAGAGCGACAAACACGUAUACUACCACCGUUGUUUGUGUUACAGAAAGCGCAUUCAAAGGAACAUCACUUUUCUAUUUCAGCCACAUUUUUUAAAAAAAACCCGACUGCUUUGGAUACACUGAAAAGGUGCCGUUUCAAGGUGUGUAGAACACAACUAAGAUGCCCUCUGCAGAAGUCAACUCUCCACUCCAGCUGAUGAGGAGCGUCAAAGAAGAGACAGAGGAGUUCAGCUUAGCUGACUCUCCAUCCCAGCUGAACAUAAAAGAAGAGAGAGAAGAGUUCCCUGGUUCUCAAGAACAGCUGGAGAUAAAAGAAGAGAGAGAAGAGUUCCCUGCGUCUCCAUCCCAGCUGAACAUAAAAGGAGAAGAGAGAGAAGAGUUCCCUGGUUCUCCAGAACAGCUGAACGUGAAAGAAGAAACAGAGCAGUUCCCUGGUUCUCCACCUCAGCUGAGGAGCGUAAAAGAGGACAGCGAGGAGACCCUGCGUUCUCUGUACAGUCUGAGGAGCGUAUCUGUAGUGCUGGUGGACUGCUGUAGACCACAAGGACGGCAGGAGAACAAUGAAGAGAACCACAGAGAUGCCGAGGCAACCAAGAGAUCUGGGCAUCAGUUACACUGUGGUUCCAGUGGAGAGGAGUUUCGUGGAAAAACACAUUCUGCUGCCCUGACUACAGAGAGGCCGUACGUCUGCAGUCAGUGUGGCAAGAGCUUUAAGAGAAAAGAUGAGCUCCAACGCCAUCAGCGUGUUCACACAGGGGAGAAACCAUUUUCAUGCACUGACUGUGGAAAGAGUUUCACACAGUAUUCUAGUCUCCAAACACAUCGCCGUAUUCACACUGGACAUAGGCCGUACGCUUGCAGUCAGUGUGGCAAGAGAUUUAAGGCAAAACAGGAGCUCCAAAUCCAUCAGCGUGUUCACACAGGGGAGAAACCAUUUUCAUGCACAGACUGUGGAAAGAGUUUCUCACAGUCUUCUAACCUCUACAGACAUCGUCGCUUUCACACUGGAGAGAGGCCGUUCCCUUGCAGUCAGUGUGACAAGAGCUUUAAGACAAAACAAAAACUCCAAAUCCACCUGCACAUUCACACAGGGGAGAAACCAUCGUCAUGCACCGACUCUGAAAAGAGUUUCUCAAGGUCUUCUGCACUUCACAUACAUUGUCGCAUUCACACUGUAGAGAAGCCGUAUGCUUGCAGUCAGUGUAGCAAGAGCUUUAAGACAAAGCAGGAGCUCCACAGCCACCAGCGUGUUCACACAGGGGAGAAACCAUUUCCAUGCAAAGAUGGUGGAAAGAGUUUCUCACACUCUUCUGGCUUUCACAAAUAUCGCUGCAUUCACACUGGACAGAUUUCGUACGCUUGCAGUCAGUGUGACAAGAAAUUUAAGACAAAAUCAGAGCUCCAAAUCCACCAGCGUGUUCACACAGGGGAGAAACCAUUUUCAUGCACAGACUGUGGAAAGAGUUUCUCACAUUCUUCUAGUCUCCACGUGCAUCGCCGUAUUCACACUGGACAGAGGCCGUACGCUUGCAGUCAGUGUGGCAAGAGCUUUAAGACAAAAUAUGAGCUCCAAAUCCACCAACGUGUUCAUACAGGGGAGAAACCAUUUUCAUGCACAGGCUGUGGAAAGAGUUUCUCGCGGUCUUCUAACCUCUACAGACAUCAUCGCAUUCACACUGGAGAGAGGCCGUAUGCUUGCAGUCAGUGUGACAAGAGUUUCUCAUGGUCUUAUUACCUUAAGAAACACUUGUUGUCACACUUGAGAGAGUAAAUCUUUGCACCAAUUAAGACUGCUCUCUGUAAGCCCCAACAUCAAACCCUGGUUAACCAGAGAUGUCCAGCAACUCCUCAAUAAGAAAAAGAAGCUUUUUAAGGAGGGCAACUUGACAGAGCUGAGGAGUGUACAGUGAGAACUCAAAAGCAGACUGAAGGAGGCCAAGGUGGCAUACAGGAAGAAAGUUGAAACAACUAGAAGCACUCAGAGAGCGCAGACCUCCGCCAAGGAAGCUGCGUGAUGGUACAUUUGACAAUCUUACACUAUGGCUAUGUCUCAACGCACUUUUGUCUGACAGUCAGUGCACAUGGUGCAUAGUGCUCAAAUUUUUCCAUGACACUAUGCACUAAAGACCUCAGUGCACUGUGCCCUCUCUGGAAGUGACGGUUGAGCAUGGCAUUAGCUUGCCAAAAUAUGAGUUGGCUACUGUUUACAAUGCACAGCAUCUGGUGCUUGUAUUUCCAUGUCCUUCACUCCAAAGGACAACAAUCACACAUACAAUACUUUGAUUAGCAUGAAAUCGAAUCGUGAAUCGAGUUUUUUUUAAUGAAAAAAAAAUCUAAAUUUUAUUUUUAGGGUGAAUAUCCCAGCCCUACGUUAUACAUUAAUGUUGUAUGUGGGCCAACUGGAAUACACAUUUGAAAUGAUCUGGUGGGCCGAAUGAAAUGACUUCGUGGGCCAAAUUUGGGGUGGGCUGAUGGUGAAGGUUACACAUGUCAAUUAUUCCAAGAGUGUGUAUGUACUGUAUGUGUGUGUAGGGACAUUCAAACGUAUCAGCAAUGCAGAUAUACACAGUAAUGGAACAGAGCUAUGCACAGCCAACUACAACAGUAAAAGCCUAAGCUAAGUAAAAACUAGAGAUGUACCAGAUCCUGAUUUUCAGGAUCCUACCGGAUACCGGAUCCACUGCUUAAGAUCCUGCCGGACCCUGUGAAAAACCCUAUUAUCCUGCCAGAUCCUGAACAGGAUCUUGGAUCCGGUGCAUCUCUAGUUUUAACAACAAAUGUAUUUUAAAGAAUAAAUGAAGACUUUUAACAAUAAAAGUACUUACAAGAACAAACAAUGGUGUUUUAAGCAACAUUGGUAUUUUUUCACAUUCUCCUCUUUCUGUAUUGUCUCUGGUGGUAGAGGUUUAUAUUGCUAUUGACUUUAAAAAAGAGCGUUUUGUAGGCUAUGUGUUAAUGUAUGGGCAUCAUAACAGCAUUAGAAUAACAAUAUAACAGCACAGCAGGACACAGUCAUGGUAGACUACAGGUCAUAUCAUAUAGAGGUUUAUAUUGUGAUUGUUUUCCAAGCCUGAGCCUUUUCAAUGCUAUGCCUUAUUGCAUUAGAAGCACCAUAACAGCAUGCACAGCAGGAUACAGACAUGAUGUCAGGCAUCACAGGGUUUUAUUGUUGUGAAUUUCUUUGAAGAAAUGACCAAGACAAGAAAUGCAGUGAACAAUUCUUUCUUUACUUAACUGUCAAAUCCCUAAGUGCGUUCCAAUAUGCAACCUUGCGUCCUCCACUUGUGCUUGUGGCCUCGUACCAGGAAGUAAUAUGUCACAACGACAUCACU